GCAUGGACUGAAGAGAUGACUUCAAUUCCUACAAAGGCCUAGAACUGCCUAUCGAACAACUGUCCUGAUCAGGCAAUAUACGAAUGGCCCAAGGAAGCCACCAAAUUGAUUUUCAGGUUUUACAUGACCUGCGACAGAAGUUUCCUGAGGUACCUGAAGUUGUUGUAUCCAGAUGCAUGUUACAGAAUAAUAAUAACCUGGAUGCCUGUUGUGCAGUUCUCUCACAGGAGAGUACAAAGUAUCUCUACGGCGAAGGAGACUUGAAUUUUUCGGAUGAUUCUGGGAUUGCCGGUCUACGAAAUCACAUGACUUCUCUCAACUUGGACUUGCAGUCGCAGCAUGUGUAUCACCAUGGAAGAGAAGGCAGUAGAAUGAAUGGAAGUAGGACUUUAACGCACAGCAUUAGCGAUGGGCACCUCCAGGGUGGUCAGUCCAACAGCGAACUGUUUCCACAGGAGCCACAGACGGCCCCCGCUCAAGUUCCACAGGGCUUUAACAUCUUAGGAAUGCCCAAUCCAUCUAGCGUGUCUAAUUCAGCCCCCCACCUCGGAUUUCACUUAGGCAGCAAAGGGGUAUCUAAUCUUUCUCAGACCCCCCGAUUCAAUCCCAUAAUGGUCACCUUAGCCCCAAAUAUUCAGACUGGUCGCAGCACCCCUACAUCUUUGCACAUACACGGGGUACCUCCGCCCGCUCUUAACAGUCCACAGGGAAAUUCAAUCUACAUUAGGCCUUACAUCACCGCGCCCAGUGGUACAAGUCGACAGGCACAGCAGCCUCCUGGCUGGGUGUCUCAGUUGAGCCCCCUGCACUCUCAGCAAGUCUACCAGCCUUCCCAACCUAGCCCCUGGACUACUUUUCCUUCAUCCAGUUCUCAGUCACAUACCUCAGCCCAGCAACCCAACCAGCCAAACCAACCAGGCCACCAGACCUCUCACGUCUACAUGCCGAUCAGUUCACCCACCACCCCCCAACCGCCCCUGGUUCACUCGUCCGGCGGCUCUCAGUCUUCUGCCCACAGCCAGUAUAACAUCCAGAAUAUUUCAACAGGACCUCGGAAAAACCAGAUCGAGAUCAAACUUGAACCCCCACAGAGAAACAAUUCUACAAAACUGCGUUCGUCUGGACCCCGCCCCUCUGCCAACGCUCCCUCUGUCAACAGCCAGACGUUAACUAGAAGUCAGCCUACUGUUUACAUAGCCGCCAGCCCCCCAAACGCAGAUGAGAUGAUCUCCCGCAGUCAACCGAAAGUCUACAUUUCAGCCAACGCCACCGCGGGAGAUGAGCAAGUUGUGCGGAACCAGCCCACGCUUUUCAUAUCCACGAACCCUGGAGCAUCUGCCGCCACCAGGAACAUGUCCGGGCAAGUAAGCAUGGGCCCUGCCUUUAUUCAUCACCACCCGCCCAAGAGUCGAACGGGAGGCAACCCUGCAACUUCUCCUCGAGUGGUGGUCACUCAACCCAAUACAAAAUACACUUUCAAAAUUACCGUUUCUCCAAAUAAACCCCCUGCAGUUUCUCCGGGGGUGGUGUCCCCAACAUUCGAACCUACGAAUCUUCUAAACCUUCCUGAUCAUUACGUAGAAUCAGAGGGUAUUCAGCAUCUUACUGACCCUGUUUUAGCACAUGUGGACAGGAUCAGUGAGGCCCGGAAGCUCAGUAUGGGAUCUGAUGAUGCUGCCUACACACAAGCUUUACUGGUACACCAGAAGGCCAGGAUGGAACGACUUCAACGAGAACUUGAAAUUCAAAAGAAAAAGCUGGAUAAACUAAAAUCUGAGGUCAAUGAAAUGGAGAAUAAUCUAACGCGAAGGCGCCUGAAAAGAUCGAAUUCCAUUUCCCAAAUUCCUUCACUUGAAGAAAUGCAGCAGUUGAGAAGUUCUAAUAGACAGCUCCAGAUUGACAUUGACUGUUUAACCAAAGAGAUUGAUCUUUUCCAAGCAAGAGGACCACAUUUUAAUCCCAGCGCAAUUCAUAACUUUUAUGACAAUAUUGGAUUUGUAGGUCCUGUGCCACCAAAACCCAAAGAUCAAAGGUCCAUUGCCAAAACACCAAAGACUCAAGACAUGGAGGAAGAUGAGGGAGCUCAGUGGAAUUGUACAGCCUGUACUUUUUUGAAUCAUCCGGCCUUAAACCGUUGUGAACAGUGUGAGAUGCCCAGGCAUUUCUGAGCCAAAAGGCCCAAUAUCUUCUCUAAAACCCUACCACAUUUAUAAGGGACUAUUCUGUCACUGGGGGAUGGG